ACAGCACACACAACACCAGUCUACUGCGCGGGUCCUCCUGCACUACUGACGAAAUGGAUGAGGAGGAAAAUACUGAUAGAAGGUUACAGAUUGCCAUGCUGUGUCAAAAGCUGGAGAAGAUCAAAAGAUACUACAAUGAUGAUGACACAGACAGCAUAAACCAGAUCAUCAGUUCAAAUUCUCCAGACACCUGUCGUACUUUUCUGACUAACCUGGAAAAGAAAGGCAAUCCUCAGUCAGAUCUGACACUUCUCACCAAACUAAUGGAUUGUUACACUAGAGUUUUCUCAAGCAUGCCAUUAGGAAAACACAGCAGGAAUGUGAGCUAUGCAAAGAUGCUGGUCAGAUUUGCAGAGCUAAAAGCUAUUCAAGAUGUCAGUGAAGCACGAGACAGUUUUGACAUAGCCAGAUCCCAUUGCAAAGAUUUUGCCUUUGUUCACAUAGCAUAUGCACAGUUUGAGAUUUUGCAAGGCAAUGAAAAGAAAAGUGCCAGGAUACUUCAGGAGGCUUUUGGAAUGGGUGCUGAACCACUGGAAAUUUUGGAAGCAGCAAUGCAGAAUCUAAAAUUGGGCAAAUAUCAACUCCUUCAAGAGGAUAAAGAGAACAUAGCAGUGACUGAAAAGGCACAGAAACUCAACCAUGUGGCUAAAGCUGAUGGAUCAGAAGACUUUCAACUUGCCAGUGGUUUUCCUUUAAGCACUCAGAAGACCAGUCCACAGGAUGACCAUUUUUCUGUCUUGAUGUCUGGCUCACAACGCAAAAGACAGAUUGCCAUGCCUGGAAGGAUUCCCAUGGUACCUCUGUCAAUACCUGAAAAUGAAAAUAUUGACAUUCACAAACCUGAGGUUUCCAGCUUCUGCAGUAGUUUAUCUAGGCCAACAUAUCGCCCAAAUGCCUGCUCCACAUUUGCACUGUCCAAUUCAAAGAAAAGCUCUGCAGAUGGAGACUCGUACAACCUUCUUAAUCUGAAGCCACUUGUUAUUAGUCCAGAACCUCGUCAUGGAGACGACAUUGGGGAAGUGGACUCCACCACAACACUUUUGCACAGACCAGAAAGGAAAGACCCCACUGAUGUUGUUAACCAGAUAAUGAGUGCAAACUCUCCUGAGGCCUGCCAUACGUAUCUCACAAACAUGGAGAAGACCAGCAAUCCAGAAACAGAUGCAGCUUUUCUAGGCCGGCUGCUGGAUUGUUACUCUAAAGCGUUCUCUAGAUUUCCCCUGGCACAGCAUAGCAAACUUGAAAGCUUUGCUAGGAUGCUGGUCAGAUAUGCUGAGUUGAAAGGGAUUGAAGACCCUGAUGAAGCUGAGGAUAAUUUCAAUAUUGCCAGAGUCAACAGCAAAGCUUAUGCAUUUGUUCAUAUCGCCCAUGCUCAGUUUCAGCUCUCACGAGGUAAUAGAAGGAAAAGUCUUUCCAUUCUGCAGAAAGCCUUGACAUCGAAUGCUAAACCUGUAGAACAUAUCCAAACAGCCAUAAAGAAUCUGAAUAGUGGAAAAACCCAGCUGCUUCCCACUGAGGAUAAAGAGAACAUAACAGAUGCAGCAGGUCCACAAAGUGAUGCAAGAAGAAAGGAGGAGGACAAUCCACCAUGGAAUUCAACAAAUAAAGCACAACCCAAACCUUGCACUUUGGAUAGAGACUCAGAAUGGAAGAUUCCUACACGCAUGAACAGACAGGCUUCUCCAGAGGAACAGAAGCGAGCUGUAGAGCCCAUUCCAACACCACGCCCUUUGCAGUCUCUGAGAACUCCCUCUGCUGCAGUACCACCCAGACUAAACCCAGCCAUUAGCUGCCAGACCCCCAACUACAAAGGCUUUCAAGCAAACAGUUUUGUCACACCUGUGGUGAAGCAGAGACCAGCUGUAGUGUCUGUUCCAUCCACAGCUUCGAAAGUCAGCUAUGCACAGUUACCUUGCACUCCUCAGAGUCAGGUGUCCUGUGUCCCACAGACAUCACAGGGCUCUGUCAGUAACUUUUCUAAUGAAUCCAUCACUAUCAAAGGCAGACAAUUCUUUGUUCUGAAGAUGAUAGGCAGAGGUGGUUCCAGUAAGGUGUAUCAAGUUUUGGACCAGAAGAAACAGCUGUAUGCAGUGAAAUAUGUGAACUUGGAGGAGGCAGAUGCACAGACUGUUGAAAGCUACAAGAACGAAAUUGAACACCUGAACCACUUACAGCAGUACAGUGACCAGAUUAUAAAGCUGUAUGACUAUGAAAUCACAGAUAGCUACAUCUACAUGUUGAUGGAGUGUGGCAACCUGGACCUCAACACAUGGCUACGCAACCGCAAAACUGUCAACUCGCUGGAAAGAAAGUUCUACUGGAGGAACAUGCUAGAGGCUGUGCAGACAAUCCACAAACAUGGAAUUGUCCACAGUGAUUUGAAGCCAGCUAAUUUUGUGAUUGUAAAUGCCUCACUGAAGCUAAUCGACUUUGGCAUAGCCAAUCACAUUCAGCCAGACAUGACAAGUGUUAUGAAGGAUUCACAGGUGGGGACUUUAAACUACAUGCCACCAGAGGCCAUUAAAGACACCUCGUCUAAUGGUGGAAAGCCAAGGUCAAAGAUUAGUCCGAAGGGUGAUGUGUGGUCACUUGGAUGUAUCCUGUAUUGUAUGACCUUUGGGAAAACCCCUUUUCAAAACAUCACCAAUCAGAUAAGCAAGCUACAUGCUAUCAUUGAUCCGUCCCAUGAGAUUGACUUCCCUGACAUUGCUGAGAAGGAUCUUCUAGAUGUCCUGAAGCGUUGCCUAGUGCGGAAUCCCAAAGAACGGAUCUCAAUUGCAGAACUACUUGAACAUCCAUACUUACAACUGCAGCCCCAACAACCAUCUGAGCCAGCAGUUACAUGUAACAGUGACUUGAAGAGAAUUCUGAACGAGCUGGCUGCUUUACAAUCCCCCAACAGCAUUGCAAGAGCUGCUAGUAACCUGGCAAAAAUGUGUAACAGUGGGAAGGUAUUGGAUGUUUCUGAAUGUGUGAAGAGAUCCAGUGAGUCCUCAUUAAAGUGAGAAGACUGCUACAUGAAGAGCUGAUCAUGGUGUAAGGACACAGCAGCCAGUGUGUUCUCAUAGAUACCUUAAGAAAACAGUACUUUGGGAAUGAGAUUGGAGUUAGUUAAUUUGAUUACCUGUAAUUCUUGGUCAUUAUUUUCUCAUGAACAUUGUGAAUAUCCUUUAUGUUACUAUUAUUUUAAGAAACACAGAGCUGUAUGAAAUAUUUUUUCAUUACUUUUUUGUGACUUGUCCCUCCAUCUCUGUAUGUUUAACAUUCGCACAAAUAAACGUACCCCUUGCGGUAUAGGUAAAGCCUUUUUCUAUAGUAUUACACAUCUGUUAUUUGUGUUUGAAGAGUGAUAAAUAACCUUACUCACUGUAACUGUAGAAGACAAGAUAGUAAGCUCCCUGAAACUGUGAGUUUGCUUUCUUUACAUUUCAACUGAAUAUCACAGAAUCAUAGUUCAUCUUUUGACUGAAAUA